AAGACAUGCACAGGAACUCUGUGGAAGAAAUAGAUGCAAUUAUUCAGAAUACAGUCCUGAAGAAUAAAACUAUCCUUUGACUAGAAAUCAUAUGCUUGACUAAAAAGCAACAGGGUUGUAAGAAAUGGAAUGCCUGACUAAGGAACAGGAUGUUACUUGGCAGAGGGAAGUAUGAGACAUCCCUGAAAUACAAUGAGGCAGGGAACAACUGGAUAGACAGCAGUUCAGAAAAGAAGGAUCAAGGUGCUGAAGUGGACCACAAGUGAAUGUUGGCAAAGCUGCUAGUACAAAAAAAAAAAAAAACAACAAAAAAACAAAAAAAACAAACAAACAAACAAACAAAAAACCAAAAAAGCAAAUGUGCCUGAGGUAUAAAAACCAGAUAACCGAUAAGGCUCAAAACUCUGCAGAUUACAUCUCUCUGAUGAAAAGCAACAAGCUUCAAGAAUUUGAGACAACCCAGAGGCAACCAAGGAAAAGAAUUUCAUAAUAGGUACAUUAUAUUUAAUCUAAAAAAAAAAAAAAAAAAGAGAGAGAGAGAGAGAGAAAGAGACAGAAGACCUCCUUUACUUUAGUAGAAGUGCUAUAAACCGGAAAAACCCUCACCAUGAAUGCUCUGGAAGGAAUGCACAACAACUUUAAACAAAACUUUCUUAUGGCUACAUCAGAAGAUGUAGCCAGGCAGCUUUUGGCAUACUCUGAAUGAGGCCAGUCAUAUGGGGACCCGCUACAGAAACAUAGUCAACCCCUGGUCUCCCUUCAUGCUUUAUGUGAUUUUUCGGCAGUGAAGAGUUUGCUCUGUGAGCCGUAGCCUCCCUUGACGCGGUUCCCGUGAGGGAUCUCCUCAGACAGCUGCCUGCGGUAAUGUGGCCCCGCACCACACUGGCCGCGGCCUGGCCCCGAGCCCCGCUGCGGGCACCGGGCCCUGCUCACCCCGUCCGCCUCGGCGGCCAGGGUGACCGUCCCUGCUCCGGAGACACAGGGACCCUGGGCCACGGCCCCAGAGAGGAAGGCGGCUUGGGGACAUCCCUCCUGCCCGCCGGGGACUGGGCAGAUGGAACGUGUCCGUUCUGUGUCCCUCGCGGUCCUCUCGGUGCACCCCUGCCCGCCGCCCUGCUCGGCGCACGCCGGACCCCGCAGCCCUGAGGCGGCCGGAGGAGAGGGCGGCUCGCGUUCAGCCUUUGGGAGCGCAGCCAAGGGAACCGGCUACGCUUCCCGGAGCCGGGGGAAGUCCCGGCCGGCUCCUCGAGGUGGGAGGAGGCACCGCCCUGCCCGGGGAGGGGCGGCCGAGCCGCUUCCCGGCACUGACCGGGGGGGCCGGCGCGUCCCGGCGCGGAGAUCUGGCUGGCCCCGGCCGUGAGGGAGCUCCCGGCUGCCGCAGGCACCCCUCGGUACGGCGUUGCGGGAGGGCUGGAGCGACGCCUCGUACCGCAUCUCCGCCCUCCGGAAACCCGCCAGCAUCAUCGCAUACCGAUGAAUUUAAGGCGCUUCACGACCGUCUAGUCUCCUCUGAUUUCAGGAUGCCACUGCUUAGCUACAACAUAAAAGCUGUUGAUUUGACUUGAGCAAAAAUUACCUAGGACUUCAGGGAUUAUGUAAGCCAGCCUUUAGCUCUGAAAGAGAAAUAGUCCACCUGGAGAUAUUUAUUUCAAAUAUUCACUGACCCCUUACUUAAGGAAAUUUCAUUUCUCAAAGUCUUAUGCAGGAAAAGGUGGAUGAAUGAUGAAUCACUGCAUGAUUCUGGCACUACUGCUCCCCCUGAGGAUGUGCUACAUGACAUACUCACAGCAAGAAUCUGAUGUGUUUCCCGUAACAUACCUUAACGUUUCCAAGGAUUUGGAUCUUCAGCGGCUGCUGGUGCAAUGGGAUGUUGUCAAAUCAGCGCAUGAUGCUGAACUGGCAAUAUCUUUUGAGAUACAAGUCCGUCGAAGUGAUGAAGCUGCUACUGUGUGGACAAAGUUUCAUAAUGUCACACUUGAUAAACUGAGAAAGCCUCUUCAUUGGACAUGGCAUUCGGACAUACCUUUGGAAUGUAUGUCACAUGCUGUGAGAAUCAGGAGCAAGGCAGAAGCAUCAAAAAUCUGGAGUCAGUGGAGUUUGUGGGAGACUGUCCCAGGCCUGGACAUUUCAAAUAGAAGUGGGCCACAAAUCUUUCCAAAAGAAAAAAUUUUAGCAGAAGGCUCUGAUAUCACUCUGUGCUGCAUAGCAGGGAAAGGUCAUACCAUUAAGGAAUUCUCUGUAUACCCAGCUGCUGGUGUUUUCAAGCACAUAAACAGUCAAGUCAGACUUCUCACUGUGGAAAAUCUAUCACACGAAAAAGGGUCUAACAUUCAUGUCUACUGUUAUGAUGAAGAUGAGCAGUUACAUCAGGCAGCUUUCUUUGUGGGUAAACCCCCUGAUACACCUGAAGAUUUUUCCUGCCAAACUCAAGACAUGAAAAGAGUAACAUGUACUUGGAGAGAAGGAGAGACCUAUCUCUAUGGAGAGAAUUCACCACGAUACACCUUGUCUGAAACGUCAUCCCAGAACACAACUCUGUGCAAGGCAAGUUGUUCUCAGCAGUGCUCUUGCUCUUGGGAUAUAGGCCAGCAGUGGAUCUGGAAUGUCACAGUGACUGUGGAAAACCCACUGGGAAAGAAAACUGCCACAGAUGUUUUUGAUGUAAAUCACAGAAUGUAUCCCACUGCACCUUUCCAGGUUUUGGCAGAUUGCACAGAUACAGAAAUUACAUUACGUUGGAAUUAUAAAAACAAUGAAAUUGAACUCUUUUGUCAGACUGAAGUGCUCCAACCUGACGGCAAAGUAGAACUGCACAACAGCUCCGUGGCGGACGCAAAGCGCGUCACAGUGCGCGGGCUGCAGCCGUACACGGAGUACGCGGCCAGGGCGCGCUGCGCGGCGGCCAAGCACUUCUGGAGGUGGAGCGAGUGGAGCUCCACCCUGACCACCAGAACAAGGGAAGGAACUCCCUCAGGGAAACUGGACAUAUGGAGGGAAAUAACACCAGUCCUGGGGGGACGAAGUGUGACAUUGUUCUGGAAGCAAACACCAAGUUUUCAAGCAAAUGGAAAAAUUAUUUCAUAUGAAAUAACCUGGGAAAAAAUAGAAAACGGCUCCAAGCCUGAAAGCAUCUCAUUUUCUUCAGUCUACAAUAGCACAAGGAUUUUCAUUGAUAACCAUUCCUACAGAAUCAGUAUCGUGGCAAAGAACAGUGUUAAUUUUUCACUUCCUUCAGUAUUGAUCAUCUCUGGAGCUACAGAUAACAGCACCAAAGAGCUUAAGGAAGGACAGGUUAAUGGUACAGAUGAUGGCGUUUUUAUGUCCUGGGAGCCCAGAAGUAUAUUUGACAGUUACAUUAUUGAUUGGUGUAACUUUCCCAGGUUGCAGCCUUGUGAUUUUCAGUGGAAGAGAUUUGGACCCAACACUUCCAGUGCUGUGAUCAGCUCAGCUGCUUUUGUUCCGGGGGUGAGAUACAAAUUCUGCAUCUAUGGAUCUGUUGCUAAUAGAGCCCUCUUACUGGAAAAGAAGAUUGGUUAUCUCAGGGAGCUGCCUCCUAAUCUUGACCCCAUUGUGGGAAAAGUUGACCUGACUUACAGUUCAGUAACACUGUCUUGGGAUUCGUAUUUCACAAAUGAGUCAGAGCCUGGUUUUGUAAGAGGCUACCAUGUUUAUGUGUCACCUAUACAAGGGAACUGCAAUUUGGAAGGAUCAAAAAAGCACAUUCUUUCAGAUGGAUCAGAGCUAUGUAAAUACACAAUUAAAAACCCAGAAGAGAAGAGAUACACCGUGAAACACCUGAUGCCAAACACAAAAUACAAAAUAGUGGUUAAAGCAUUUACAGGUGGAGGAGAGACUCCCAUUUUUAACUUUGGAUACAUAGAUACACCAUCUAACUCAAACAUGCUGUACUUUGUAUUCCUGCUAGUGAUAAUUCCAACCCUAGUUGCAGCGCUAUGCCACUGGAAGAUGGAGUGGGUGAAGGAGUGCUGCUGUCCUGUAAUACCUAGUCCAAACAAGAGUAAAGCACUGUCAUUCAAAGAGUUUAAGAUUGAUUCUGAGAAAGUGCUGAAGAUAACUGACUGCCUUCCUGACAAGCUAGCCAUGGACAGUAAUGCUGAAGCUCAGAAAUUGCAUCCUGUUACCUGGAGCCCAUUACCUCCAACACCAACUGAAGAUAAGAUUGAUGGUCACAAUUCUUCCUGGAUUUACCCUAGUGAAAAUGUAGCAAGAGACUUUCCACCCACACCUGCACCUCAAACUCCUAUCUGUUUUGAGAACUUUGCUUAUUCUUCUCCACUUAGGGCUGAAUCUGAUCCCUACCAAAUACCGGAGACACUGGGAGCAGGCAAGACAAAUCAGGCAGUGGUGCAGUACCAGCCACAAUGCUAUUUAGAUGUUUUUCAUGAGGAUGCAGCCUCAACCACCAGAGAAAGAGCUGAAAGAAAGAGCAGUCUGAGAUACAUCUCACAAACAGAUGAGCACUGCCUGGGAGGGAGGCUUCUGUCCUUCAGUGAGUCCAUCCAGUGUUUGUCUACACACUGUAAAUGAGAAUUUCUAAAACCACAGCUUCUUUUGAUUAGGGCUCUCACAAGCCCAGCUGCCUGACUUCUAUUAAUACAGCAAAGCUGUUGUUUCUGGACUAGUUUUGAGUACUGAUUUACACAGGCAUUAUGUGUGUUAUGGUUCCAUUUCAACUUAAGGGCAUUAGAUGAGAUUUAUAGGCUGGUUUGUGGCCUGUAUUAUGCAGAAAGUUACAUCAGAGCAGUCUGUCACAGGCUGAUGCAGAGGACUGCUUUAUUUUGCAGAGAUUAAAACUUUAUUCCUGAAGCAGAGGAGUAAAUGAAAUAAGUGGGAAGGUUGUGCUGCUAGGAGUGUGUUUCUCUAGCAGUGUUCUCUCUGUGUACUGUGGCCACCCCAGCCGAUGUGUGCUGUGCUGCUGGGCAUGGAGCAUUACCCAGCCUGCUCCUUUUGGGGGCUGGGUUGUAUCUUCUCUCUCUCAAACAAUGUAAAGAGUCGUCAUAGAAGCAGUCCCUGCACACACUGUGGCUCAUUCCUACAAGAUUCAAAGGAACUUUGACUUCCCCAGGAGUGCUGCCCAGAGCACUCAAAUCCAGUGAUCAUCCUGAAUUUUCACCUGUGUCCGAACUGCACUUGAUGUGUGAAAGAGCACAGAAAACAGAUUCUUAUAGAGAAAACCCUGCUUCCAUUUCUUGUAACUGGGGCUCCUCACACUUCUGCCUUCUCAGCCUAAAAACCCUUUAAAAUAGUAACUAUACAUGGAAGAGAUGUAGGGAGUUAGGUGGAAAGGAGUUAAUUUUCCAGAGGUGGAACCACAUUGCAUGGUCUCUGCUUGUGCACAUGAGCUGAGCUUUUGGCAUUGUCCCUUGUAAUUUCCACAGCAAGCCCCAGCCAGCCGCUCAGACAGGCUGGUCAGAGGCACAAGUGUAUGAAUCCUGUUCGUGAGGAACAUCGUGUUCAAUGGCUGCAUACAUCUAGAUCUCCCAACACUAUUUUUGCAUGAGUUUAAAUAUAUAUAUAUAUAUAUAUAUAUAUAUAUAUAUAUAUAUAUAUAUAUAUAGUAACACUCAGAAUUCCCACAGUAGGCAGCAGUGAAUUUGGCCUUUCAUUUUGAUUUCAGGAAAUCAUACAUUUGUAGUGAAGCUGUACAGUUGGAGUUGUAGUUGAAAGUCUCAUCAGAUUUACCUCAGUGCACAAGGAACCCUUUGGGUUUGCCUCCUUAAGCUGUUUGGAAUCUGUCACAAAGAGAAGGUUUCAAGUUAAGAGCCCACCAUAAAUGACUCUCAAGAGGAAAAAAAUGAAGGGUGUCUGACAAUUUGAUGUUGAGCUAGUUUGCUAAAAUGCAGUUACUUGCUUUCCUUAUGUUUAAUUAGCUAAUCACACUCCUAGAAACCAAGCAGCUGGAGACAAAGUGAGUUCUGACACUGAACCACAUCUAGUUUUUAUACUGCUGCUUACAGAUAUUGUUGUAAUGUCACAAGCUGCGUUGCGACAGGAAAACUAGUAAGAUGCUGCACAGCCUGUGGGCUGACAGGCCCUGACUGCUAACAGGGAGGAGUCUUCAGCCAGAAAAAGGGGAGGUACAAAGGUAGAGAUAGGCAGAUGUGGCUGGAGGCGUUCAGUCCACACCAUGCCACGUGUGUGCUGUGCACAGGUGCAGGUGGCUCACAGACUUGAGAAGUAGAGAAGAGUUUGCACAGUGGCCCUUCCUUUCAGCCUCCAGCCAGCUGAAUAAGGAAGCACGGCUGGGCACAUUCUGCUGAAGGGCAAGAGAACAGUGAGGGUAAGACUGAUGUUGACAUACACAUCCCAGGGAAAACUUCCUUCCUUUAUCCUAGCCUCUUCUUUGAGUGACAAUGCAUGUGAAAGCUUGAUAACACAGUAUUUUUACAGCUUGGAACACUUGCUUCUCCAGAGUGCUUCAUCACAUUUUAUGUCCCUGUGUAGCUUAAAAGCUUUACUGCUGAAAAAAAGGCCGAUAAACAUAAGGCAGCUGCUUUGUCACAACCAGUACAAAACUGAGCUGUACAUUUCAGAAAAAGGUGUAUUUAUUCUAAAAUGUUGAAAAGGUAUCCUAAAUCAAGAGUUGUGUUCUAAGGAAUUCAUAGAUGUCAGUCAAAGAAAUCAGAGUAUAGCACAAAGCAUUUUAAAUUUUGACAUUUUGGCAGUUCCUCCUGCCAGCUGCAACCAGGCACAACUCCCUGCUUUGAAACAGCUGCUGCCACUGAGGCCUGGAUGCAGCAAUUCCACCCAGGAAGUGAAUGAAGGGGUUUGGGGGUUCAGCCAGUUUUGCCUUCCUGAUGAUGGGGUGAGACACAUGGAGGCUGAGUUCCCACUUCUCAGUCCCCUGGUCAUUCCUGGGGAGAUUCCUGCUCUGAUGAAAUUCCAUUAUCUGGAUGCAGUGACACACUUGUUUCAGACUGCUGGGUGAGGGAAGGAGAAGCCUGCUUCUCUUUCCCUACAAACCCUUCUGCUUCCUGGCUCUGAUGGGUAAUGCUCUGUGAAACCUCCUGUGCAUAAAAAGCACACAAAUGGAGCAUUCCAGGAAGGAUAAUGCCUCUAUGCCAGUGGAAGGCACUGUCUGGGAACCACAACUGAGAAGUAUUGUUAUUAGAGAAGUAUUUUGGCCUACGUGGAGAAGUGUGUAUAAUUUUUAUAUAUUAAAACAUCUGUCUUGCAUUAAUGGUUGAAUGAGUUCAAAACUGUUAUCCUCUUUUUUUUUUGUUCAUAAUGCAACUUCCACAGCUGUUGUUGAAAUGCUAAUAUUUAAACCAUCACAAAAUAGAAAAUCAUUCUCAGUAUGUUAAAUUUUUAAAAUAAAAAUGGUGUGUGUGUGAACUAUAAAA